AUGCAAUUCAAGCAGCAAGAGAGUACGGGCUCUGCGGCCGUCGUUGACGCGAAGUCGUCGCCCUCAUCCGCCCCUCAGAAGAAGGUCUCUUCCACCCUUCCCUUUGGCCAGCCCGUGGCCCUCUCCUCCAUCUCCGGUCCUACCUACGUGACGGCCCAGCUCCUCGUCCAGCAGGUCGCCUUCCUGCUCUCCGACAAGAUCUUCUCCUACUCCGCUCCCACCUUUGACCUCGACGUCGCCGCAAAGGCAUGGGCCGAGGCCCAAGAGCGCAACAUCCACGGCGAGACCACCGACCUCAUCCAGCUCCAGACCAGGACCGGCGCCGGCGCCCUCGCCCUCGGCUACAUCUUCAGCCCCGACUUUGAUCUGGCCAAGAGACACCUCCCCCAGACCCUGCUCGCUCCUACGCUGAGCUUGAAGAACCUCCGCGGCGCAUUGGACCAGCUGAGCCUGUUGUACGGCGUCGCCUCCCCCUUCGUCGCCCACGUCGCAGCUCUCGACUACGAUGCCGCGAACGGCCUCGUCUCCGACUACGACACCGCGCUGCGCACCGCCGAGGACCUUGGCCUCGGCUUGGUUGCCAGCUCCAGCGCCUACGAAACUCAGCACAUGGCCCUCUUCGCCACCCUCAUGGCCGCCCUGAUGCCCACGCUGCACAUCUACGAUGGUGUCAGACUCGCCCGCGAGACCUCUCGCGUCGUUGACGCCCUCAGCCAGAGCGGCAUCGCUGACCUCUACAACAACAUCACUUCCGAGUCCACUGGUGUCUCUGAGAGGGCCGCGAUCUCUUCCAAGGUCGCCGGCCUGUUGGACGUCUUCAAUAAGCACCUCGACCCCACCGAGGACCACGAGAGCCAGCACACCGCGCUCCUGGCCACUCUCAUGACCGCCCUCACCCCCAACCUGGGAGUCGAGGACGGCGUCAAGCUCGCUAAGCAGACCCUCAAGGCCUCGGACGCUCUCAACAAGAAGGGCGUCGCCGAGACCUACAAGAAGAUCUCCAGCGAGGUCCAGUCCCUGAACAAGAGACUCGACGACGCCGGCAAGGUCGUUGAGCUCCUCAGACUCUUCAACAACGAGCUCGGCACCGCCUACAACCUGUUCGAGUACCACGGACACGACCAGGCCGAAGCCGUCCUCGUCGUCUUUGGCAGCGCCGAGACCCAGCUCGCCAAGCAGGUCGUCACCCGCCUCGCCGCCGACGGCGCAAAGGUCGGCGCCAUCAACGUCCGCGUGUACCGCCCUUUUGUCGAGGAGGCCUUCCUCGCCAGCAUCCCGGCCUCCGCCAGGUCCAUCUCCGUCCUGGGCCAGGUCAAGGACGAGCUCUCCGUCAACGACGCCUCCCUGCAGUCUGCCCUCUACACCGACGUUCUGACCUCCGUGUCCUUCUCUGGAAAGUGGCGCCAGGACCCCACCGUCUCGGACGUCAAGUACUCCGCCUCGGAGGCCCUGACGCCCCAGACCGUCGCCGACAUCUUUGGCAAGCUCCUCAGCGCCGAGGCCGAGUCCAAGCCCUUCCCCGCCUUGGUUCAGGCGCACCAGUACACCUUCUGGGACGUUGACAACUCUGUCGCCGUUGACUCCCCCGCUGUUGUCAGCAACUUGCUCUCCCGCGAGUCUACCAGCAACGUGUACGUCCACGAGUCGUUCGACAACCUGCUCCAGGGUGGUAUCGUCCGCACCGAUAUCCGCAGCUCCAAGAAGGCCAUUGAGGCGCCCUACGCCGUUGAGGAGGCCGAUGUCGUUGCCGUCGGCGAGGAGAAGCUCCUCAAGGACCUCGAUAUCAUCAAGAGCGUCAAGGCCGGUGGCAAGCUUCUCCUGAACCUCCCCAGCUUCAAGGAGGAGGACAUCGAGAAGCGCCUCUCCCCUGUCGUGCGCAAGCAGAUCCAGGAUAAGUCCAUCGAGCUCUACAUCCUGGACGCCUCCGCUUUUGCCGAGAAGGAGUCCCAGGCUGUCAAGGUCCUCUUGGAGUUUGCCUUCCUCCAGAUCGCCCGCUCCGACAUCACCGCUGAGGAGGUCGCCAAGAUUGCCCUCCCCGAGGGCUUCUCCAGCACCCUCGCCGAGACCCAGGAGGCCCUCGGCCAGGCCCUGCGUAAGGUCGAGUCUCAGUCCGCCUGGGCCGAGCUCCCCGAGGACGUCGUCGUCAGCCCCCUGCCCGCUACUAUCAAGCCCAACAGCUUUGUCGGCUUCGACAAGGAGGAGGUCGAGGAGACCUCCCAGCUCGUCGACUGGCAGGCCGCGGCCAAGGGUCUCGCCUUCAAGGAGGCCUACGGCACCGAGAGCGCCCUGCGCCCGGAGCUGCCCGUCAAGACCCACACCAUCACCGUCAAGGAGAACCGCCGCCUCACUCCGGGCAACUACGACCGCAACAUCUUCCACAUCGAGUUCGACCUCGGCGACUCUGGUCUCACCUACGACAUUGGCGAGGCCCUCGGCAUCCACGCCGAGAACGACCACGAGGAGGUCAGCGCCUUCAUCAAGUGGUACGGCCUCGACCCGGAGGCCCUCGUCCAGGUGCCCGCUCGCGAGGAUAACGCCGCCUUCGAGACCCGCACCGUCUACCAGUCCCUCAAGCAGAACAUUGACGUCCUCGGCAAGCCCCCCAAGCGCUUCUACGAGGCCCUGUCCGAGUUCGCCGCCGACGAGCGCGAAAAGGCCGUUCUCGCCAGCCUCGGCGGUGCCGAUGGCGCCGCCGACUUCAAGCAGCGCUCCGAGGUCGACUUCGUCACCUACGUCGACAUCCUCCAGGAGUUCCCCUCGGCCCGCCCGUCCUUCCACGACCUCGUCCGCAUCAUCGCCCCGCUCAAGCGCCGCGAGUACUCCAUCGCCUCCGCCCAGGCCGUGACCCCGACCUCGGUCGCCCUCAUGAUCGUCGUCGUCGACUGGGUCGACCCCCGCGGCCGCAACCGCUUCGGCCACGCCACCCGCUACCUCUCCGCCCUCCCCGUCGGCGCCACCGUCGUCGCCUCCGUGAAGCCCUCCGUCAUGAAGCUCCCGACCUCCUCCAAGGCGCCCCUCAUCAUGGCCGGCCUCGGCACCGGUCUGGCGCCCUUCCGCGCCUUCGUCCAGUACCGCGCCCUGCAAAAGGCCCGCGGCGAGGAGAUCGGCUCCAUUCUGCUGUACCUCGGCUCCCGCCACCAGCGCGAGGAGUACCUGUACGGCGAGGAGUGGGAGGCCUACGUCGACGCCGGCGUCAUCACGCACCUCGGCGCCGCCUUCUCGCGCGACCAGCCGCGCAAGAUUUACAUCCAGGACCGCAUGCGCGAGUCCAUGCGCGACGUCGUGCAGUCGUACAUCCGCGACGAGGGCAGCUUCUACCUGUGCGGUCCCACGUGGCCUGUCCCCGACGUGACGGACGUGCUGAUGGAGGCCAUCAACGUCGAGGCCAAGAUGAGCGGCAAGAAGGUCAAUGCCCGCAACGAGAUUGAGAAGCUCAAGGAGGAUGGCCGCUACGUCCUCGAGGUGUACUAG